AUGGGUCUCCUCAAGAAAGCCGAAGAGGUCAUGACUGGCACUGGCAACCACAACCACAACACCAGCACCAGCACCAGCACCAGCAGUACCACUGCCAACAACGGCCCACACAACUCGAGCCUAGCCAACAAGCUCGACCCUCGUGUUGAUAGUAAUGCUGCCGCUACGAACACCACCCAUCAACACCCUCUUGGUACCACUACUGGAACGACAGGGACCACAGCGACCACUACUGGCCCCCACAGCUCCAACAUGGCCAACAAAGCUGACCCAAGAGUGAGCUCUGAUAUGGAUCACCACCACCGUACCGGCACUCAUGUCGGUGGCACAACCCACCACAGCCCAGCAACUGCAACGGGUGGUACCCACGUCGGUUCGACAACCCACCACACCACUCCAGUAGCUACAACUGGCGGUACUCACCUCGGCUCGACAACCCAACACACCACUCCAGUAGCUACAACUGGCGGUACUCACCUCGGCUCGACAACCCACCACACCACUCCAGUAGCUACAACUGGCGGUACUCACCUCGGCUCGACAACCCACCACACCCCAGCACAUACAGCCGCUGGUACCCAUGUUGGUUCAACAACCCACCACGCCACACCACCAACCACAACUACUGGUACACACCACGCAGGUCUAGCUCACCAGACAGACCCCCGCGGCGACUCUACCCUCCAUUCAGGCCAUCCUCUUAACACCGGGCCUGCCUCGACAACCGCCGGUCCACAUAAAUCAAACCUUGCCAACAAGGCCGAUCCCCGCAUUGACUCGGAUCUGGAUGGCCGUGCUGGCUUUGGUGCAGGAAACACCUACAGUACCGGUCCAGCACCAGGAACUGCUGGUCCCCAUAAAUCAAACUUUGCCAACAAGGCCGAUCCCCGCAUUGAUUCGGAUAUGGAUGGCCGUGCUCGUCAGCAGGCUAUGGCGGGAAGCAGCUACGGUAACACGGCGACUGCUGCUACUACUGGUCCUCACUCUUCUGGCUUGGCGAAUAAGGUCGAUCCUCGCGUGGACUCUGAUAUCCACACCCAUGGAACUACGCAGCGAACUAUCUAA